AUGGAUCCGAAUCGUGGAUACACGUUCUCUGGAGAUGGCCUGGAGCGAAGACAUUCUGAUGGCUGCAUCCCACAGCAGCAACCGAUGAACAUGACCAUUCCUCCUAAGCAGCCUCAUACAUCUGCAUCUGAAUUCCCACAUCCUCACUUCGCUAUGAUAUACCUUGACCACAAUGGCCAAUGGCAGUUGCAAGCCUCUCCAUCCAUCGCAGGCUGUGAAGGUGCCAUUUUCACGUCUGAUGUUACAGACCGGUUCUUAGAAAUGGCUACACAAGCCCCACAGCCCGGCUCACAGUUCGCAAAUACAAACCAAGUACCCCACUCUCCAUGGGACGAGCAAUCACCGGCAGGAUGGGGCCCAACUAGCCAGACGAGGCCCGCCGAGAUGAUUCCCUUCCAAUGGUCAUCACAACAAAGCCGAAAAAAAUCCAAGAGGACGGGUGGCAUACUCAAGAGCCGACCCAAGUCUAGUUCACCACCACCCACUUCACCUACACCAGGCCAGACUUUCCUUCGAGUCGGAAACCGCGCACUGCUGCGACGCUAUUACGAGAAGGCGUUUGAGGAUUUCCAGCAACUCAACUGUCGCGCUAUUGCAAAGUCUUACAUCAAGCUUGUGGAACCAAGGAAGCAGGUUCAUUACCCGUACAACGGACGUAGGGUUAUUGCAGGUGUUUCACAGCGUGUUGACCCGGAAUAUACUAAGCCUGCGUGGUGGCCCGCCGGUGUCUUGCACAAAGAGCCAGAUCAUCUGCUGAAGCCUGACCGACUUCGACUUCUUGUUCAUAUCCUCUGUGAGCUGAAAGAUAGCCAUGGAGUCACAACGGACAAAUUGCGAGAUGCCGGCCAAGACGUGAGACGCCAGAUCACACCCGCCCACAGGCUGCAGGUUCUCGACGAGAUCUACUUUGUGCGACAACUGGAAGAAAAGUACCUGGAUGGCAAGCUCGAUGCCGAUUACAUGAUUCAUGUCACACAGACUCAUUUACCGGAAGCAAUCUUCCAAGACGGCGAUGAACUAUCAUCCCGCGCGCACGCAGGACCGGUAGUAUCCUCAGCAAUCGAGGUCGAACAUGAUAUUCAUGACGCGAGCGAUGCCUCGAGUAUUCCCACAAUGGAAGAAGAUGACUCGAAGCUACACCAUCCAAAUAGCCUGCCUCUGUCGCCUACCACCAGCGAGUCAAGUGGCCCGCACAGCCCUGCAGGCAACUUCGGCUACCCUAUGGGCAUGGUACCAUCGGUGCAUGUCAUUCCCCCUCAUGAGACUCCGAUUGUUACAAAAUCCAUGCAUCCCGAUCCUACUUAUCUUUCUGGCUACUACCCGCAGCCAUAUGUGGCUGACAAGGGGCCCGGCUUCUGGGCACAAGCCAACUCAGUGUCGCAGUAUGGAUAUUGA